AUGCACGUCGUUCCAAUCGCAUUGGCGUUCAUCGCCAUCACGGCCCAUGCACUGCCAACUCCGCCAUCGGAUGGACCUGAUCUCGGAGGGCGUGUAGUGGACAGACGUAUCAACAUCAACUGGGCGCGGAGACCCCCGCCCAAGGUGAGAACUCUCUUGGCCGACGCGGAAAUUUUUGAUAACCUAAUUUCCUGGGGUACACCCUUUUCCAAGCGAAGUCCAGCGCAAAAUGCCCCUGCUAUUCUCACAGAUGGUGCGGAUGAUACGGCCACCGCGUACUCGGCCGACACUUUGGACACCGCGGGCACCACAGGCCUUCCAGACACCACCGACAUUGGGGACACUGAAAUUCACACGGAACUUGUGGGCUCUGACGCCUCUUCUGGCUCUGCGGACACCGCGAGUAUCACCGACGCAAAGUGGUGGUGGGACCGCCGGUGGCUGUCAUUUGACAAUCGCAAGCGAGAGACCAAUGUACCUCUGAAGGGGAAAGAAGCUGGCGGUGAAAGCCUUUCCGCGGACGCUGCUGCGGACGUUCCGAUCUUCCUGUCUCCCCAGCGCUCUGCACGUGCUGACAAAGCGACCCCCGUGGACACCGCAGACGCCGCUGCAAUUACCUGGGGGUGGAAUUGGAGACGCACUCGUGCUAUCCCACCCGAGACCGUGGAGCGAGCUGGAGCAGCAGUCCCUCUGAUACUCAACAAGAUCUACACACAUAUCGGGAAGCGAGCGCAGUCGGAUCCCGACGCUCCUGAAGCUUCUGCGGAGGCUGGGGAGGAUGAUAACGGAGUUCCGUAUAACCCGCAGCUCUACACUCUCGAGGCACAUGGCAAGUAA